AGAGCUGCUGGUUCGGCGCGGGUCAGCGGGCGCACCACGGCCCGAGAGUCCCCACCCAGCACGACACAGACCCCACCCCCGCCCUGCGCCAGCCUCCGCCCCAGCCAAGGACCCCCAACACCAGCAUGGACUGCUGCACCGAGAGCGCCUGCUCCAAGCCGGACGACGACAUUCUAGACAUCCCACUGGACGAUCCUGGUGCCAACGCGGCCGCUGCCAAAAUCCAGGCGAGUUUCCGGGGCCACAUGGCGCGGAAGAAGAUAAAGAGCGGAGAGCGCGGCCGGAAGGGCCCGGGCGCCGGGGGGCCGGGCGGCGCAGGGGGCGCCCGGGGAGGCGCGGGCGGAGGCCCCAGCGGAGACUAGGCCAGAACUGAGCAUUUUCGAAGUUCCCGAGGAGAGAUGGAUGCCGCGUCCCCUUCGCAGUGACGAGACUUCCCUGCCGUGUUUGUGAUCCCUUCCUUCCUACCAACCUGCCAGCUUCAGGAGCCCUCCCUGCGUCCCCAGAGACU